UGGUCUUAUAUCGCAAGAGCGCUCAAACAUAGCGCUUGAGAGCUGAAACCAUUCGCUGCACCUCUUCGGGCUGGCUUUCAAUUCCCUGCGGCUUUAGUUAUAUAUACAUAUAUAUAUAUAUAUAUAUAUAUAUUUUAGAAUAACAAAUUAAAAAAAACUCAGCUUCUCCGAAUCCCUCGAUUUACCUCUCAAAUCUCAAGUUCAACGGAACCCUAGCGCCACGCCACCCCUCCUGGCCGUCGCUGCCGUCGUUUGUCUUCCGUCGCCGUUCUUUAAUCCCUCAGACGUAGUUUGGACAACAAAUUACAAUGGCGAGUAUAAAUGACUUACUUCCGCCACCGAAAUCGACCGCCGCUACGCAUUAUGAUCACUCAAAUGAUCCGUGGUUCAAGCAGCGAUUCAGCUCAACUGCGGCAGAACAGUCCUCUGUAGUCAAGCCCAACCCGGUUCCUCCUUACUUGAACCGGGCGGGAUUUAUUCCUCGCAAGGUUGAGGAUUUUGGCGAUGGUGGGGCGUUUCCGGAGAUUCACAUAGCUCAGUACCCACUUGGUAUGGGUAGAGAUAAAUCGUAUAAGCUUGGAUCGAAUAUUCUGCCGGUCACAGUUGACGCCCAUGGAAACAUUGCUUAUGACGCCAUUGUGAAGCAGAACGAGAACGCCAAGAAGAUUGUCUACUCGCAGCAUAAGGAUCUUAUACCCAAGAUUUUGAAGAAUGAUGCAGAUGCAUACGAGGACGAAGAGGACCUCGAGAAGGAAAUCGAAGAAACAACUCAAGAAACAAAAGCGGCACUUGAAAAGAUUGUGAAUGUGAGAUUGAGUGCGGCACAGCCGAAGAAUGUGCCCAAACAGUCAUCCGACUCGAAGUUUAUCAAGUACAAGUCGUCCCAGCAAUCUGCCGCCUUCAAUUCGGGUGCGAAGGAGAGGAUUAUUAGGAUGGUGGAGAUGCCUGUGGACCCGCUCGAACCCCCUAAGUUCAAGCAUAAGCGGGUACCAAGGGCUUCAGGCUCACCACCUGUGCCGGUGAUGCAUUCCCCUCCCCGAGCUGUGACUGUGAAAGACCAACAAGAUUGGAAGAUUCCUCCAUGUAUUUCCAACUGGAAGAACCCAAAGGGUUAUACUAUUCCACUUGACAAACGUCUUGCAGCUGAUGGGAGAGGGCUUCAGGAUGUUCAGAUUAAUGAUAACUUUGCAAAGCUUUCCGAAGCUCUGUAUGUUGCUGAGCAGAAGGCAAGAGAAGCGGUUUCUAUGAGGUCCAAGGUUCAGAGGGAGAUGCUGAUGAAGGAGAAGGAAAAGAAGGAGCGGGAAUUGCGUGAUUUAGCUCAAAAAGCACGGUCUGAGAGAACUGGUGCAGCACCACCAUCAUCUGCUGUUCCAAUGCCGUCCGAGAAAAGCACGAUGGACGCUGCCGACACAAGAGGGGACUAUGACCGUCCAAGAGAAAGAGAGAGAGAUUAUCCAAAGGAGACGAGAGAGGAAAGGGAAGAGCGAUUGCAGAGGGAGAAAAUCCGUGAAGAGCGACGCCGAGAGAGGGAAAGGGAGAGAAGGUUGGAAAAUAAAGAUUUGGCUAUGGGGAAGAAAAGUAAAAUUACAAGGGACAGGGACCGUGAUGUUAGUGAAAAAGUUGCUCUUGGAAUGGCAUCCACCGGAGCUGGAAGGGGAGGAGAGGUCAUGUACGACCAGAGGCUCUUCAACCAAGAGAAAGGAAUGGACUCCGGUUUUGCCAUAGAUGACCAGUACAACGUGUAUGACAAGGGCUUGUUUACAGCUCAGCCGACACUUUCUACCCUGUAUAGGCCUAAGAAGGAUGUUGAUUCUGAAAUGUAUGGAGGUGCUGAUGAGCAACUGGACAAGAUUAUGAAGACUGAACGGUUCAAACCUGACAAGGCCUUUGUGGGCACUUCUGAGAGGGCAGCGCCAAGAGAUAGACCAGUCGAGUUUGAAAAGGAUGCUGAAGAGGCCGACCCAUUCGGCUUGGACCAGUUCUUGACAGAGGUGAAGAAAGGUAAAAAAGCCAUGGAUAAGGUUGGUUCUGGAGGGACUAUGAGAGCUACUGCCGGCUCUAUGAUGCGAGAUGGCAGUGAAGGAGGUUCUGGUAGAAGCCGCAUUGGGUUUGAGAGGGGUCGUUAAGCGGGUUGCUGCAAUGGCUGGGUAUGAAAGGUCGUUUUUUCAACUUAAUAUUUAGUCCUCUGAAAGCCCUAGGCUGGCCAAGGUGCCAAGCAUGUAUGUGGAUAGACAAGGUUUAAAUCUUCAUCUAGUAUCUGGAGGCUAAGUCUUACAACUUUGAUAUGUUAAGUGAGAUUAUUAUGUUCCUUUUAGAAGUUGCGAAAUCAAGUUUUCAUUUUCUGCUGCA